CCGCAUGUGGAAGAUAAGUACCCGCCUUAAUCGUUAAGGCUCCAGUUCUUUAUCUCCUGUGGACCAGGCCAGAGUUCAACAUGUCCGGACGGGGAAAAGGUGGGAAGAUCCGAUCGAAAGCCAGGAGUAGGUCGGCGAGAGCAGGUCUGCAGUUCCCCGUGGGGCGCGUGCACCGCUUCCUGCGUAAGGGCAACUACGCCGAGCGGAUCGGAGCGGGCGCUCCCGUGUACCUGGCGGCCGUGCUGGAGUAUCUCACCGCCGAAAUCCUGGAACUGGCCGGUAACGCCGCCCGUGACAACAAAAAGACGAGAAUCAUCCCUCGUCACCUUCAGCUAGCCGUCCGCAACGAUGAGGAGCUGAACAGCCUGCUGUCAGGAGUCACCAUCGCCCAAGGCGGCGUGCUGCCCAACAUCGCCUCGGCACUGCUGCCCAAGAAGACUAGCGGUGGGCACGGGAAGAAGUUCAGUGGGUCAAGUCAGGAGUACUGAAAACAUGGAGGUGACUUGUACCGGCCGGCACUGAACGAGUCUUUGUGAUCUUGGCCGAAAUGGACUGUUUGGGGGCUAAGGCUUCAGAGUAUUGAACGAAUUGAAUAUGGCUGCUGAGUACUCAAGAGAAGUAACGACAAGCAGUUUAUCCUUAUCCAAGUCGACUUUUGAUUUCAAAACGUCUUUGCGCAAUAUUCCUCGUGGCAUUAAUAUUGUCACGCAGAUGGACUACAACUUCACCGUGACACUUGCUUACAGCCAGGACAUUAAUCCUUGUUUACAGUAACUAUAUACACUUUUCUGGCCAAUGAGGUUAAAAAGGCCUCCCGGUCCGGUGAUACUAGUACUUCAUGACGCUUUCAGAGUUUUGCAUAUGCAUGUAGUAUUAAAAAAAAUACUGAUCAGUGUCGAUAGCAACCUCAUGCUUUGUUUGCAUUUGUUUGUCGGACAACUGUUUAAUACAUUAAAGCGACUGAUAGUUAUAUACACUGUAGAAUACAACAAACGCACCGUCAAAACUAUAAUAUAGUUUUGUUCUAAACAUGUCCGAUAUUUGACCAGUUCAUGGACUGAGCAGAAGACUUGGGUGAGCUAUGUUAUGACCAUUUAAAGACAAUGAGUAAAAGAUAAAGAAAUGCAGAAUCCUUCGUUUGUCUCUAUUCCUUUCAUUUGACUUGCCAUCUCAGGUUACACGUGGCACAUUGUUAAACAAAUUUGAUGAUCAUGUUGAAAAAGGGCUUUAU